AAUGGAAUUUUCACCCCGAGCUGGUACGACACGGCGGCUUCAGAAUAAUGUAAUGUACCAUGUAUUGUGACGUCACCAACAUCGACCCAAAUUCUAAGUAAAGAACAUUCCAGGAGACACAUCACCGCCACGCCAUCUCUGGGGUAGGUAACGAACGCAAAACUUCAGAAGGUGCCCUUCACUGUCUGGAACAACAAGCCAUCUCAUGUCUGUCUUGAUGUUGAUCAUUCCAUUUGUUCUUCAAACGACUUUUGCGGGUAACACAUACACAGUCACAUCUGGCGAUAGCCAUAAACAAUGUGUGAAAUGUCCACCAGGCUCCUACGUGGUGAAGGAUUGUCAUCAAGAUGACACGAAUUCAACGGUCUGUGGGGCCUGUCCGACAGGCGAUUACACACAGGCAUGGAACGCCUACCACGGCUGUAAACACUGCAGGACACAUUGCAAUGGGGCUAAUGAGAUUAUGACCGCGGAGUGUAAGCCCGACCAUGAUAUCGUCUGUGGAUGUCCUCCAGGGUUUUGGCGAGAAAAGCAUAGGACGCCAAAUGCAAAGUGUUUGCCGUUUCUUAAGUGUGGCAAGGGAUAUGGUGUGGAUAAAUCCGGGACCAACAUAAGUGAUGUAACAUGUAUACCCUGCAUAAAGAGUAUCAACUUCUCUUCAAUCGUCUCUAACUCGGAAACCUGUCAACCAUGUAGAGACUGCCAGAAGGAGGGUUGGAAUCAGACCCAGUCCUGUACAGUGAUUGCGAAUGCGAAGUGUGACGUCAAAACAACAAGCGACCCAGCUUCAUCCACAAGCAGCAAAUACUCAAAAAGCAGCACUCAAGAUACACCUCCUACCACAGAUAGUCUGAACAUAUCAAGUAUAAUCGCCAGUGUAUGUGUGGUUGUGAUUAUUGUCGGUAUAGUAAUUUAUGUCGGUUGUAAAUGUUUGAAGAGUCGAAAAAAAUCCGUUAAAACUAGGCAUGCAAGGAACAUCUCACACGACAACGUGAUAUUUCGUGUCAAUGGUAGUCUAGACGAAGAGAGCACAGGAGGUAGUGCCACAUCACCCAGAUCGGAAAACGUCAGGCGGAGAAUCAGUAAUAUUAGUCUCCGAAGCGGUAUCACUCUAGAGAACGAUGUGUUCCCUUGGCUAGGUCGCAAGUUAGGCUAUGCUUAUCAGAACAUAUGUAAAUCCUUACCUGGGAAACGAAUCGUUACAGCAGACAUCGAACAGGCUAAACACAAGUUUAGGGAUACUUCACAUCUUCCUGAUGUCAUUGCAGAGGUUUUCCUUAUAUGGAAGGACAAGAAUGCAUUAGAAAAAGAAGAAGAUGACUUAUUUAGAGAAAUUUUCAACACUUUAGAUGCAAGGAAAGAUGUUUUUUCGUGUGAGAUGAGAGAGGAAUUCUUAAACAACUUCACAUAGCCAUCUGCAAUCCUUUCCAAUUGUGAACAUACAUGCACUGCCAUACGCUAGCCCUGUUGCUUGUGCUUGAAUAAGAGACAAGUAUUUUGGCGUCAUGUUAAGCUUUAGUUUUGCCCAUUUUGUAGUAUCAUGUUGUAAUAUAAUAACCAAUAAAAUUCAUUUUCUCCAUAUUCAAUUUUUAA